ACAGGGAUCGGUACAGACGUCUAAUAUGCUGGAUAGAAAGGGUAUACGGGAAUUACUCGAGAGAGGUGUAGCUGAGAAGGGUACUGAGCGCUGCUGAACAAUCAGGCUAAUUCGACAAAUCGGCUCGAUGAUCCCAACGUUUCGAGCUGGAGACAUCAAGGUUUCCAGAAUUCCAUGGCGCAUACAGUAUGAGGCGCUGCGAUUGGUCCGUUCGGAAUGCAGUGUUGCGUUUGGUCUAGGCCGGAUUGCCAGGGGCACCACUUCAAACAAACAGAUGAGUCAUUGACAACAUUUUGGAUGUGAGCGAGCUUUCUCUCAUCAUUCUAAUCGACGGAACCUUAAAGUCCGCAGAGAUAAUAGUAGGCUGGAGCAGCCUCUAUAGAUAGAGCAUGACAGAACAAUUACUA